GGGUUUGGAAGCCCACCCUUGAAGAAACUAAAGCAGAGUCGUCUGCCUUUUGCACCCCUGGAUUCCAAGACCCCACAGAAGAAUUCAAGCCCCACCAAUCAGAAGAAACGAAAACUGUCAGGAUCUGAACUCUCUCAGAACUCGCCCAAGACUCCUCGCAGUGAAAACAACUCAAUGAGCGAAACCCCAGUGUCAGAGAGGAAGUUGCAAACACCAAAGUCAGUCGGAAGUGCCGCCAAAGACAAGUCAAAGCAAGGGGUGACUCCCACUGAAUCAACGAAAAAGAGGGGGAGAGGAAGACCUCCCAAGAGUGAAAAGGAAAAAGAGGAGAGCAAGAAAGCAAAGCAGGCAAGCUACCAAAUGACCUCCGAUGAUGAGGUGAGUUCCAGUGUUGACGAUGACAUUGACGUACCUGAAGCAAAGAAGAGACCGGUUGAGAAAACGAGGAAGCUGUUGUCUGCCUUCAUUAGCAAGGAGCCAACCCAGCAGGCAGAGGUCACCACCUCUACGGAUGAUGCGGACAAGGACGAAAUGGAACAGGAAGACAAGGAGAACAAAGACUGUGCCAGUGAGGAGGAGAGUGGGAGAGGAGAGAUGGAGAUAUCCUCAAAGGAUGAUAGUCCCGAAGAAGAGGUUGCUGAGAGUGGAGCUGAUGCAGCUAGCAAAGACGAGGAAAAACCUGUGGAAAACGCACCAAAAGAUGAUAGUGCAAAUGAGGAAGAGAGUAAAAAGAGCAGCAAGAAAAGCUCACCGUUAAUUAAUAUCCAGUGGGAGUCAAGAAAGAAAGUAAACCCAAAAUUAUCAAAGCAGAAGGGAAGAAGGGAAAAACAGAAGGAAAGAAGAAGGAAAAGUUAGGAGGGAAGAAGAAAGAAAAGGUAGCAGAAAAGUUAGAAAAAAAAGAAACUGAAGAAAAGCAGACUAAAGAAAAGAAAGAAAAGACUGAGAGCAAAGAAAAUUUUGAAAAGAAAGAGGAGGUAGAAGUGAAGAAAACAAAUGAAACCGAACCAAAGGAGAGUCCUGAAAGUGAAGGGAAAGGUGUUGAAAAGGGAGGGAAAAUGCCCAAAAAGGAGGACCAAGAAAUAGAAACUAAAGCAGAAUCCAAAAAGGCUAGCAAAGAAAAAGUACAAACAGAUGACAAAACAGACAAAAAAGAAGAGGAAGUUGAGAUGAAAAAGAAACCAGAUGAUGGAAAGACAGACAGUGAUUCCAGCAAGGAAGAAAAAGAUGAAAAUGAAGGAAAUGAGAACAAGGAAGAAAAAGAGAAUGAAGAAGAAAGUAAGAGCAUGGAAGAGAAAGAAGAUGAGGAGGGAAAUGAAGAGAAGGAAGAAAACGAGGACGGAUGUGAGAGCACAGAGGAGAUGGAAGUCGACUUGGAUGCCAGUGGAUCCUCAAAGAGCGAAGGCACAGGUUCAGCCAACACCUCGCCAGCUGCGUCGUCUAAAAGCUCUGAUAAGCUUGAGGUCCCCAAGGGGCAGAAGACUCCAGUCAGUGUGCAAAAGGCAAAGAAGCUCACUCCAAAGCAAAUGGCAAAGGAAGCGGAGAGGCAGCAAAAGAGGGAUGAGAGAGAGAGGUUAAGGAAAGAGAGGGAGAAGAAAAAGCAAGAGGAACUGGCUGAGAAGGAGAGGCUCAAGAAGCAAAAGGAGGAAGAGAGGCAGAAAGCAAAAGAGGAGAAGGAGAGAGCCAAAGAGGAACUAAAAAGGAAGAGACAAGAAGAAAUUGAGUAAGUUUUUCUUGAUGAG